ACAGCACUUGAAAUUCCUCUCUCUCUCUCUCUAUUGCUCAGUUUUUCUUCUCUGAAUUAACAAUGCUAGCAAAAUUCAAAAGUCCCUUUAAGAUGCUAGGAGGGUACUCUCAAGAUAGCGAGACUGUGAGUUCAAAGAAAGCAUUAAUGGUUGUUGGGUUGCAAACCCUUGUGCAGAUAUCAGAAAGGAAAUCCAAUUAUAUUGUUAUAAAAUCUACAAUGAAGAAAGUAUAUCACCACCGUCCUCCUGCAGCCACCACCACCAUUGAAUCUUGCUACCUCAAAUCUUGUUGCUUGUGUAACAAAAACUUGAGCCUAGACAAAGAUGUCUACAUGUAUAGGGGUGAUCAAGGCUUUUGUAGCAUAGAAUGCAGAAACAGACAGAUUGUUUUGGAUGAAAUGAAAGAACUAGAAAUAUCUACUAAGCAAAUGAGAAAAUCUUAUAGGCAUUGUGGCUCGGCCGGCCGGAAUGAGAUACAUCUACUCCUAGAAGAGCUUCGCCGGCGAGAUAAAGCAGUUCCUCAUACUCAUAAAAAGCACUGGGCAAUCGUUUCAUAAACGUAAUUUACUGUAAUGUUGUUUUUUGAGUGGACCACACAGAUAUUCAGUGGGAUAAUGUAAAGCGCAAGAGAAAGUGACAACAGUGGGAACUUACAUA